CAGGGGAUGGGGCCUGCAGGCAGCCUUAUAAGACAGGCUGCGCUCCAGACCGGCUGCAGUUCAACCUGAGACGGUCAUCGCUGCUUCAUCAACAUGAGCAAGGGCUGUCAGACCCAGGGGCCGCUCUCUGAGCUGGAGAAAGCCAUGGAUACCAUCAUCGAUGUCUUCCACCAGUACUCGAGACGGGAGGGGGACAAUGACACCCUGACCAAGAAGGAGCUGAAGCUUCUGAUUGAGAAGCAGCUUGCCAACUACCUGAAGCACGUGAAGAAUCAGGUCUCUAUUGACCAAAUCUUCAAGGAUCUCGAUGGCAACAAGGACCAGCAGCUGAGCUUUGGGGAAGUGAUGCUCCUGAUCAUCCGGGUGAUCAUCGCAACCCACGAGCAUCUCCACUUCUGUGAGGACCAUCAGCACCAGCAACAACACCAACAUCAGCAUCAGCACAACCACUGAGAAGGGCUGUGCUUGGCAGCUCUGAGCUCCUGCUGCCCCCUCCAACCCUCUGCUCCCCAUCCUCCCCAACCCUCUGCUCCUCCAACCCUUCGAGUCUGAUGGUUUUGCUGCCAAAUAAAGAUUUGCCCCAAGGUUGUCAAA